AUGGCUCUGGAUUGGGGUUGUCUGAAGCUGCUGGGGGUGGUCGACUAUGGAGGUCAUGGUGGAGUUGACCGGAGAGUGGCUCUGGACUGGGGAAAUGCAAUAAAAACACUACCUUGGGAACUUGGUACUUUGAUUUGGUUAUGCUUGCUGAUUGUCGGAACAGUUAGAAAUAUGAAGAGAAACACGAAGGAAGGGCGUGGAUCAACUUCAGACAUAAUCAGUAAUCUUCUAGAAAAUAUAAAAGCAACAGUCUUAGUGUGUUUGCCAAUACAGGAUGCAGUGAGGACUAGUGUUUUGUCAACAAAAUGGAGAUAUAUCUGGACAAAACUUCCCCAACUUGUAUUUGAUGAUAACUUCUGUAGAGAAUCAGCCAGAAAAUCCAAGACUGAACUUAUGAUGACUAUUUAUCAAGUUCUUACUUCAUCGUGGACCAAUACCCAAGAAUUCACCCUUCCCAUUCAGAAGGGUGAACCUUAUAAAUUGAUGUCAUCAUUAUUUUCAUGUGAACAACUUAGGUAUUUGAGUCUUCAUUCUUGUGUAUUUAAAUCUCCACCUGAAUUUAAAGGAUUUAGCAGGCUCGUUGAACUGGUGCUUUAUAGAGUUUUUGUUGCUUCUAACACACUUUCAAGUUUAAUCUCCAGUUGCCCACUACUUGAGAAACUAUCACUUAAAAGGUCCUUUAGUUCAGAUUGCCUUGAAAUUAACGCUCCCAAUCUUAGGUUCUUAGUAUGUGAAAUCUAUGGCAGUUCUAUUUGUUUAAAAAAUACUGCUAGACUUGCAUGGGUUUCAAUUUGUUUUAUGGGGAUCUUUAAUGUGGAAGGAAUUACGGAAGCAGAAACUUCCAAAUUGGUCACGCUUUUUGGUAGUCUACCUGUCAUUGAGUUUCUGCUAUUGGAGUAUCAUACUAUUCGGUACAUGUCUGCAGGUGGUGUACCAAAGAGGCUUCCAACUACUUUGAACAACCUUAAAACUCUCAAGUUGUUGUCUAUUUGUUUUGCAGAAGUAAAUGAGAUCUCGGUUAUUCUUUGUUUAAUUAGAAGCUCUCCAAACUUGGAGAAAAUUACAAUUGUGGUACGAAGGUGUGAAACUGCUGAUGUUAUUGAUCAUGUUCUACAACUUCUAGAAAUGCAAGACUGA